AUGUCAUUGAUUCUGCCGUCCACGGUGGUGGCAAUAACAUCCAAAGAGGAUACAAAUUCUAUUGUGGAUAUUAAGGACCAGGUGGUGGCAGAGGAGCCCAUUAAGGGCCCAAUUGUCUUGGGUUUGGAUGCCGAGGAACCGGAGAAAGUGGAGGAAUCUUCCAAUGAUUUGAAAUCUCAAAAGAAAGUAGCAGGCUUACCUGCGAACUUGGGUGUUUCAAAUAUGACCAAGCUCUAUUGGGGUUUUAAUAACGUGUUCGGUGGUGCCGGUGGUGGCCAACCCUUGGCAGCCCCUGGUGGCUAUAAUGAUCCUCCUGUGGUUGCAGAUGAAGGUAGUUUUGGUAGCUUUGAUCGCCAUCCCUGCCGUAGAGUGUGUCAACAGGGCAAGUCUAUGACCUGCUAUUAUCGCCUCAUCGUCCAUAACUAUCAGACCCUGGGCCAGGAAUGCCAACGUUGUAUCUAUGAACCGGCCACCUGCGAAGCGGAAAAAUGUAUCUAUGGUGAUGGUGUACCCAAUGAAAUAAUGGCUGUAAAUCGUCAAUGGCCUGCUCCCCCACUGGAGGUAUGUGAAGGAGACACGAUUGUGGCCGAUGUCAUUAAUUACCUGACCGAAGAAUCGACCAUCCACUGGCAUGGGGUCCACAUGUCCCAAACACCCGAUAUGGAUGGGGCACCCUAUAUCACCCAAUAUCCAAUAUCACCGGGUGAGGUACAGCGUUAUACCUUCCCGGUGGAUCGUAGUGGCAGCAAUUGGUAUCACAGCCAUUAUGGAGCCCAAAGAGCCAGGGGUGUGGCAGGAUCUCUGGUUAUCCGCCAGACCAAGGAAAAUAAUCGCCAUGCCAAUUUAUAUGAUUAUGAUCUGAUCGAACACACUUUGGUUAUUCAGGAUAUUGUCUAUAAUGCCGAUAUGACCAGGCCAAGGAACAUUGUCAUCAAUGGCAAGGGUAGGAAUCAUCUCAACUCCUGGGCGGACAAUGAUUCCCGACAUCGUUACGAGCGUCUUAACGUUUCUCCCGGCAUGCGUUAUCGUAUGCGUGUCAUUAGUAAUGGGGUCUUCAAUUGUCCCCUGGAAUUUUCCAUUGAAAAUCAUCGUAUGCUAAUGAUUUCCACAGAUGGUAAUGAUCUGCAACCUGUCUAUGCGGAUAAAUUCUUUAUGACAUCGGCGGAGCGGUUUGAUUUCAUUCUUCAGGCCAAUCAAUAUCCUGGCAAUUAUUGGAUUCGUGUCAAGGGCUAUAAUGAUUGUGAAAAUCUGAAUCUAUAUCAAGGAGCAGUUCUCCAUUAUCGAGGAUCUUCUCGCAGCCGUCUACCCGAACGACAAAUAACCGAAGAUGUAAAUGCCGUGCCAAAGGCCUUAUCCGCAAAAUCCGAAAUAGGUGUAAAUGUAAUGGCCGAGCUAAUAACACCCGAUCGUAAGCGUGAGCGUUCGGAUGUACCCACGUUGGGUUUGCAGUCUCUGAACCCCCUACCGUGGCCGGCGUAUACGAAAUUCCGAACAUAUUAUACCAGCUUUGGUGUGUUGCAAUUGGACAACGAUGCCUAUCUGCAGGUGGAUGAUAUCACUUUUGCCUAUCCUACGGUGUCACUGCUGCAGGGCAGACACCUCUUCAAUGAUGACAACUAUUUUUGUAAUCGUACCGCUUUCUAUUUGGCUGGCAUCAAUUGUCGUCGCACCAAUUGUGAGUGUACGAAUGUUAUUCGAAUUCCAGCGUAUAAGCCCAUUGAAAUGGUCGUGGCGAAUUAUAUGAAUACGACCCACCCAUUCCAUUCGCAUGGUUAUACGUUCCGUUUGGUGGGACAGGAUAUCGUGGGGAAUAUUAAUGAUUUGAGAAAUAUCCAAGAACUUGAUCGCCGUGGCCUGUUGAAACGUGUCCCAGACAAUUUCCCUGCCGUUGAAAAGGAUACCAUACAGGUGCCGCCCUUGGGUUAUAUUAUCAUACGUUUCAUUAGUGAUAAUCCCGGAUUUUGGACAAUGCAUUGUCACAUUGAGCGACAUGCCCUGGAGGGUAUGAUAGCUGUUAUGAAAGUUGGUGAAAAUCAUCAAAUCAAGAAGAUAGCACCCAAAAUUAUGUGCUGA